AUGUUUUACGAUUUUGUGUUAACUCAGCAUAUUUUAGGCAAAAAAUCUUUUGUACAUCCUCACAAGAAGAAGAAACCCUUUAUAGAGAAGAAGAAAGCUGUAACUUUUCACUUAGUGCAUAGAAGUCAGAGGGAUCCACUUGCUGCUGAUGAUACUGCACCCCAGAGAGUGCUGCUGCCUGCACAGAAAGGGCAUGAAGAGCAGAGAAAGGAAGAGCAGCGGAAGUAUGGAGUGUUCUUUGAUGAUGACUAUGACUAUUUGCAGCAUCUGAAAGAAGCAUCUGGUCCUUCUGAGCUUGUGCCUUCUGUGCGUGGUCACCAAAACAGAAUUGUGGUGACAAAUGAGGGUCAUAUAGAGGACGAGAUUCAGCAGAUUCCAGCACCAUCUAUUAAGCUGCCUUCCUCAGUAUUUGCCACAGAGUUUGAAGAGGAUGUGGGCUUGUUAAAUAAAGCUGCUCCUGUUUCAGGGCCGCGUCUGGAUUUUGACCCUGAUAUUGUUGCAGCUCUUGAUGAUGAUUUUGACUUUGACAAUCCAGAAAAUAUUCUGGAGGAUGAUUUUGUUCUGCAAGCAAAUGAACCAAAAAAAGGUGGUUCAGAUGCCGAGGAUGAAGAUGAAUGGGAAGAUAUGGAGGAGGAUGGUGAUAAAAAGGACGGUUGUAGUAGUGAUGAAGAUUGUGAUUCAGAAGGUCCUUUAUCAGAAGAUGGAGUUAAUGGACAGAUGAGAGAGUUUCUUUUCAUGCAAGAAGAAACCAGGAGUCGUUUCACAGAAUAUUCUAUGACGUCUUCAGUAAUGAGAAGGAAUGAACAAUUAACCUUAUUGGAUGACAGAUUUGAGAAGUUUUUUGAACAAUUUGAUGAAGAUGAAAUUGGAGCUUUGGAUAAUGUGGAAUUAGAAGGCUAUAUUACCACCGACAACACUCGGUUACAGGAAGUCCUGAAUGAUUACUACAAAGAGAAAGCAAAAAACUGUGUGAAACUGGAUACUCUCGAACCCUCUGAAGAUUUAGACUCUUCUGUUAAUGAAGAAAGCGAGGAAGAAAAGGAAGAAACAGUAGCUCUAGUUAUUGAGGAAUCAAAAGAAAAGUGGGAUUGUGAAUCGAUUUUGAGUACAUAUUCGAACUUGUAUAAUCACCCAAAGCUUAUUGAGGAACCAUCUAAGCCCAAACCAAUCAAAAUUUCCCAGAAGACUGGAAUUCCCCUGCAUGUCUUGCCUCAGAGAGGUCUUACAGCUAAGCAAGUUGAACGCAUGCAGAUGAUAAAUGACAGUGACCUGCCAAGAGCAGCAACACAGCCACGUUCCAAAAAUGAGACCAGAGAGGAUCGUAAAGCUAGAAAGCAGGCAAUAAAAGAAGAACGAAAGGAACGUAGAAUGGAGAAGAAAGCCAACAGACUAGCUUUCAAACUGGAGAAAACAAGGCAAGAAAAAGAGCUGCUUAAUCUCAAACGGAAUGUUCAAGGACUGAAACUGUCUUAAUGAAACCAGGGAGCUUUCAUGGUGGAAACGUGCUUGCUUUUUUAUCUCUAUUGAAAAGA